CGAAAUAACUGGAAGAAAUGAAGUGGGUAGUAUCACUUUUUUUAAUAUUACUACUAAAUUUUACAGAAUCCAGAACACUGCAUAGCAAUGCAUAUGGAAUAGCUUCCAUAUUGGAUUCUUCAAAAUGUUCUGCAGGAAUGAAUUUAGUUGACCUAGCUACCAUAUGUGUGACCCAGUUUGUGCAAGAAGCCACUUAUGAAGAAAUAAGCAAAAUGGUGAGAGAUGUGUUGACUGUAAUUGAGAAACCCACUGCCAGAGACCAGUCUUCAGGGUGUUUAGAAAAUCAGCUCCCUGCCUUUCUGGAAGAAGUCUGCCACGAGACGGAGAUUUCUGAGAAGUACGGCCUCGCCGAGUGCUGCCGCCAGAGCGGAGACGACAGACACCGCUGCUUCCUCGCUCACAAGAAGGCCGCGCCCGCAUCCAUUCCGCCCUUCCAAGUUCCGGAGCCUGUCUCGGGAUGUAAAGCGUAUGAGGAAAACAGGGAGGCGUUCAUCAACAGAUACAUCUAUGAGAUAUCAAGAAGGCACCCUUUCAUGUAUGCACCUACAAUUAUCUCUCUGGCCAUUCGCUAUGACAAAAUAAUCCCACCUUGCUGUAAAGCUGAAAAUGCUGUGGAAUGCUUUCAAACAAAGGCAGCACCAAUUACAAAAGAAUUAAGAGAAGUUAGCUUGCUAAAUCAACAUGUUUGUUCAGUAAUGAGAAAUUUUUCACCCCUCACCUUCCAAGCUAUAACUGUUGUUAAAAUGAGUCAGAAGCUUCCCAAGGCGAAUUUCACUGAAAUUCAGAAACUGGUUCUGGAUGUGGCCCACACACACAAGGAGUGCUGUCAGGGCAACGUGCUGGAGUGCCUGCAGGAUGGGGAAAGAAUUAUGUCCUACAUAUGUUCUCAACAACACAUUUUACCAACCACAAUAGCAGAAUGCUGCAAAUUGCCCAUCCUUGAACUUGGUCACUGUAUAAUUCAUGCAGAAAACGACGACAAGCCUGAAGGUCUAUCUCCACAUCUACACAGGUUUUUAGGAGAUAGAGAUUUCAACCAAUUUUCUUCACAGCAAAAAAACAUCUUUUUGGCAAGUUUUGUUUAUGAGUAUUCAAGAAGACAUCCUGAGCUUCCUGUCACAGUAAUUCUACGAAUUACUAAAGGUUACCAAGAAUUAUUGGAGAAAUGUUUCCAGACUGGAAAUCCUCUUGAAUGUCAGGAUAAAGGAGAAGAAGAGUUACAGAAAUACAUUCAGGAGAGCCAAGCAGUGGUAAAACGAAGCUGUGACCUCUAUCAGAAGUUGGGAGAGUAUAACUUUCAAAAUGUGUUCCUCGUUUCUUACACGAAGAAAGGUCCACAGCUUACUUCACCUGAGUUGAUAGCCUUGACCAGGAAAAUGGUGGCCAAAGCAGCCAUGUGCUGCCACCUCAGUGAGGACAAGCGAUUGGCCUGUGCUGAGACGGCGGCUGACCUUGUUCUGGGCCAGUUAUGUAUCAGACAUGAGGCAACGCCUGUGAAUCCUGGGGUUGGCCAGUGCUGCACUUCCUCAUAUGCCAACAGGGCACUGUGCUUCAACAAACUGGUGCUGGAUGAAACAUACGUCCCUCCACCAUUCUCUGCUGACAAGUUCAUCUUCCACGCGGAUCUAUGCCAAGCUCAGGGUAUAGCACUGCAAACAAUGAAGCAAGAGUUUCUCAUUAACCUCGUGAAGCAAAAGCCGCAAAUAACGCAGGAGCAGCUUGAGGCUGUCAUUGCGGAUUUCUCGGGCAUGCUGGAGAAGUGCUGCCAUGGCCAAGAGCGGGAGGCCUGCUUUGCCCAGGAGGGUCCAAAGCUGAUUUCAAAAACUCGUGCUGCUUUAGAAGUUUAAAUUGCUUCAGGAGAAGAGAAGAAGACAAAAUUUAUCUUCAUUGCUUGGUGUGAACUUUUUCACUUAAUUAUAAUUGAUAAUACUUUUAUGAAUUAAGGAAAUGAUGACUUUUUGUGAGAUUUCCCUAUGUCAUUUGAAAUAAAGUACCUCCAAAUGUU